GUCUUUCCAGAAUCACAUCGAAGAUUCGACAGGCAUUUGAACUGCGAGACUGGGCGAACAACAGAUCUUCAACAAAUCUUUUCGAGCAGAUCCUUCUUUGACUUCGAACGUGAACAUGGGCCGACUGUUCUUGCUUCUAGCACUCGCUGCAGUUGUCGGGGUUGUUUCUAGCCUUCCGGCAUGCACGGAUGAUCCAAAUGGGACGAACUACAGAGGGGAUUUAUCUGUAACUCUGAGCGGUAAAACAUGCCAAUCGUGGACAUCUCAGACCCCUCAUGGACACAGCAGGACACCCGACAACUACCCGGAUGCAGGCCUUGGAAACCACAACCACUGCAGAAACCCUGACAGGGCCUUCACUGCAUGGUGUUACACUACUGAUCCCGAUCGCCGAUGGGAAUAUUGUGCCCUUGGUGAUUUCAGUCGACAAUGCACAGAUCCUGAGUACUAUGAGGAACCCAGUGGCACCGAUUACCGGGGAUACGUCUCUACCACAAGGACCGGACUCGAAUGCCAGGCAUGGACUUCCCAGAGUCCCCAUGGUCACUCUCGCACUCCUGAUAACUACCCUAACGCUGGCCUGGGUAACCACAACUACUGCCGCAACCCGGACAACGUGGACUUUGUCUGGUGCUACACAACCAACCCUGGUACUCGCUGGGACUACUGCAACAUCGGGUUGCCAAUUGGUAUGAUCAGUCCUUCUUUGACUUCGAAAGUGAACAUGGGCCGACUGUUCUUGCUUCUAGCACUCGCUGCUGUUGUCGGGGUUGUUUCUAGCAUUCCGGCAUGCACGGAUGAUCCAAAUGGGACGAACUACAGAGGGGAUUUAUCUGUAACUCUGAGCGGUAAAACAUGCCAAUCGUGGACAUCUCAGACCCCUCAUGGACACAGCAAGACACCCGACAACUACCCGGAUGCAGGCCUUGGAAACCACAACCACUGCAGAAACCCUGACAGGGCUUUCACUGCAUGGUGUUACACUACUGAUCCCGAUCGCCGAUGGGAAUACUGUGCCCUUGGUGAUUUCAGUCGACAAUGCACAGAUCCUGAGUACUAUGAGGAACCAAGUGGCACCGAUUACCGGGGAUACGUCUCUACUACAAGGACCGGACUCGAAUGCCAGGCAUGGACUUCCCAGAGUCCCCAUGGUCACUCUCGCACUCCUGAUAACUACCCUAACGCUGGCCUGGGUAACCACAACUACUGCCGCAACCCGGACAACGUGGACUUUGUCUGGUGCUACACAACCAACCCUGGUACUCGCUGGGACUACUGCAACAUCGGGUUGCCUAGCAGGCUUAUUCAUCCUUCUUUGACUUCGAAAGUGAACAUGGGCCGACUGUUCUUGCUUCUAGCACUCGCUGCUGUUGUCGGGGUUGUUUCUAGCAUUCCGGCAUGCACGGAUGAUCCAAAUGGGACGAACUACAGAGGGGAUUUAUCUGUAACUCUGACCGGUAAAACAUGCCAGUCUUGGACAUCUCAGACCCCUCAUGGACACAGCAGGACACCCGACAACUACCCGGAUGCAGGCCUUGGAAACCACAACCACUGCAGAAACCCUGACAGGGCUUUCACUGCAUGGUGUUACACUACUGAUCCCGAUCGCCGAUGGGAAUAUUGUGCCCUUGGUGAUUUCAGUCGACAAUGCACAGAUCCUGAGUACUAUGAGGAACCAAAUGGCAUCGAUUACCGGGGAUACGUCUCUACCACAAGGACCGGACUCGACUGCCAGGCAUGGACUUCCCAGAGUCCCCAUGGUCACUCUCGCACUCCUGAUAACUACCCUGAUGCUGGCCUGGGUAACCACAACUACUGCCGCAACCCUGACCGCGAGGACUUUGCCUGGUGCUACACAACCGACCCUGAUACUCGCUGGGAGUACUGCAACAUCGGGUUGCCAGCAUUUGAAGAAGACUAAUGAGGGAGUCAGUCAUGAAGUUCUUAUUGUCUUCUUAAAAUGUCAGAUACUGGUUGUGUGGGGAUGUGUUUCUGAAAACAUCUCAUGGUCCU